AUGGCGGCGGCGGGCGACGACGGCGGGGGGAACGUGGGCCCGGGCCCACCCCCGGGAUCCCCUCCGGGCGCGGAGGCGGCCGUCGCGGCGCCCCCCUCGGACCGUCCCGCUGCCCCCGCCGGACCCGAGCCGCGGAGGAAGCGCAGGCGAGUGCCGGGCCGCAGCCCCCCGGCAGGGUCCGGCUGGAGCCCGUCCAGCCGUCGCCUCAGUUGGUCCCGGUCCCGGUCCCGGCCCAGCUGCUCCCAGUGGGAAAAUGCCCAGCCGGUGCCCUGCUUUCCCCAGCCCCCGGGAGCCGGUCCGGGAUCCCACUGACCCAAAAUAAAUAGUGUUCCCCUAGAAUUGCCCCAGCCAUCCCCUGUGUGACAGCCAGGCACGGCUCCGUGCCCAGGACCAGCCUGCCUGUCCUUAGGGCUGUACUAACCGCGGCUGGCUGGUCAGGGUGCCCCGAGUGUGUGCAGGAGCUCGGGGCUGUGUCCCCGCUCUGGGCUCUGCCCGUGCCUCGCUGAGCUGUCAUCUCAUCUCUAUUCCAGUGUCCCCUCCAUCAACCUGAGCGGCUGCAAGUACGAGAGUGGUGAGUCAGAGGGGUCCCUGCAGCCUUCCAGCCCACACCCGCAGGCUCUCCCGGUGCUGGCACCCCGUUCCCACUGGUUUAUUUACUGCUGCCAGCCACUGGCAUUGGCCCCCGUGUUAGUGGGGAGUUGGUCACGCUUUGGAUUGAGAUUUCUCCCGAUUUAAAAUGUGCAACAGCAGCAUGAGCCCUCAACAUGCCCCACACUUGAGUUUGCCAGCUGUCUGCUAAAAAGGGCAAGAAGGGUUCCCUCAGGUACAGUGCAAGGGAGCACCUGGGCUAGAAGACAGGACCUGAGGGUUGGGAACUGUUUAAGGUAAAGUUGGUGGUGAGCAGGCAGGAUCUGUACCUGCAACUCUCCCUGUGCUGUUCAUCCCUGGUGACCCCGGGGAGCUGGUCCACUCUGCCCUCCCACAAGCUGGAUCUUGAAAGAACAAACUCCUGCCCCCUGAGGGGUGUUUUUAAUCUACUUUGCUAAGGGAUCUUGGUAAGCAUGGAUCCCCAUCACCUCCCCAGCCCUGCCAAAUUCAUACGUGGCACUAUCAUGAACUAUCCCAGCAGAGACCUUUUCCUGCUGAGCUGUGUUCUGCUGCUGAAAGACCUUUGAUUUGGGAGAUUAAAUUCACACCUUUGCAAGA